AUGACUCGUGCUGAAGACUACGCCAAGCACUGUAAUGAGGACCAUGCGCGUACCGUGCAGAGCGCCUCCUCACUGCACCCGAACCCGGGCCCGCCACCUACCGCCAAAAUCGCCAUCAUAACCUGUAUGGAUGCCCGCCUCGACGUCUUCAGCAUGUUCGGUCUAGAGCUCGGCGAAGCGCACAUCAUCCGCGUUGGCGGCGGGCGCGCACCCGACGCCCUGCGCAGUCUCAUCGCGAGCGAGCAAGUCCUCGGCACGCAGGAGGUCAUGGUCGUACACCACACCGACUGUGGCUUCACCAAGGCAGAUAGCGAGGACAAAGUCAGAGAAGAAGUUAGAGAAGGCCUGGGAGGGUUGAGCGUCGCGCAUAUCAACUUCAUGCCUAUCACGCAGGGUCUCGAGAAGAGCGUACAAGACGACGUCGAAUACCUGAAGAAGAGCCCGUAUGUUAAACAGGACGCCGACAUUAGUGGUUGGAUCUACGAUACGUUGCACGGGACGAUACACGAGGUGAAGGUUUGA